AUGAGCCUCCGAGAGAAAGCAAAGACGCCAGCUGAAGUGGUGAAGCCUUUAGAGUUUCCCAGUAUCCUGUGCAGACUAGCUGGGAGCUGCCCAGAGUAUCUGCGAUCAUCUAAGAGCAAUGGGAAGAAGUCGGAGAUUGGUAUGAUGAAGGCAGCAGUUGAGGAAAUACUGGGGGAUGUGGAGACCAGUUGUAUCGACUGGACGAGAGUGGAGGAGCUACAACAGAGGUUCUCGAAAGGCUCCAAGUCCCCUCAGCUGGAAUAUUGUAUUCAGAAGCCAAUCGCCCUUAAGAACGGCGUUAAAGUGCACAUCUUGGGUGUUGUACAUUCCUCGGAAGCCUCGGCUUUGAACCUGCAGAAGGCCAUCGAGCAACUGUCUGUGAAAUGUGUAGCCUUGGAGAGUGACCUGGCCCGUACCGAGGCCCGGAGGAAGUUUCAACUGCCUCUGCUGGAGAAAUUCAAGGGGAGCUGGGCUGAGCUGACCGACUUGAAGGAUCAAGGAGGACAAGGCUCCACCUUCGAUGAGCUGGUCAACGCUCGCCUUGUGAAUGUGUCCGGCAAUGCGGAAACGGCACAGUUCUUAGCGGCUUGUGGCUCGGUUGGUGGGAUGCCUGAGCUCACUGCAAUAUACGAGACUGUGUUCGAUACGUACCUGAGGUUGGUCUACGGCCAGGAGGCUGUCUCAGAAUAUGGCGUAGACCAGUUGGACUCUACAGUGGCUUACAGGUUGGCUUUUACUCCUGAUUGGUACUUCUUGUCGCAUAUCUUCCUCCGAGAUGUCUUCAUGGCCUACAAGAUCGCUGCUCUUUCGCGACAGUUCAGUGAAGGGGAUACUGUCCUCGCGGUCGUCGGCGGGGUCCACGUUGAAGGCAUCCGAGCCUUGCUUACUCAAGAUGAACCUCCUUGUGACAUCCAUGCGCUUGCGUGCUGCUUUGUGGAUGCCGAGGUACCGAGUUCGGAUGAAGUAGAUGAAAUUCGUGAUGAAUUGUUGAAGAGAAUAUUCGUCCAAGGACAAGUGCAGGAGUGGGACGAUGCUGGUCAAUGCUGGAAAGUUAUUAAUGUGGAAGCGGCCUGUGGAGAGGCGGCAGGAGACGAUCAGGAGGCGGAUGACCAUUCCGCCAGAGAUCGGAUCCACUACGGCGAGUUGCUGCUGGAAGGGAGGAUUAACCCGUAUCCAAUCGGCAUUACUGAGGCCCAAUCUACUCAAACCGAUGCCAAAACGGUUUCCCAGUCAGUCGGGCAGGACAUCCCACCAUCGAAGAGACAGAGAGUGUGUGGUGGUGGUGACGCCGGUGGUACUUGA